AAAACAAAUCUUCAUCGAUUGAUUAAGAUGGCUAAUACGUCAUAUUUAUCUUUCAAAAAAUGAGCGUUGAAGAAAAUGUGAAAAAAACAAAUUUUCCUUUGAAACGAUCGGUUUCUUCCCUUGGGUUUGGCAAUUCAAUUCUGCAUAACACUAAUCUGAGAGGAACAAAGUCAUUCACUGGUAUAAUGGCUCUCAGGAUGAACUCGCAAGAAACAAAAGGAACACAGAUGAAUGACGAUAGCAACAACAAUAAUAAUAAUAAUAACAAUGCCGGAUACUGCGGUGAACUAAUUAAUGAACAAGAAACUUCCGAAGACAAAGUGAUCGAAACAGUUGACCUAGCAACAAAUGAAAUUGUCAAUUUCAAGGAGAAUAUUCUAAAUUACCAAGGUAAAACCUACCUUCUUAGGGACAUAUCUUACAAGUGGAAAAAAGACUGCAGAAUGUGGCUGUGGAAAAAUCGACCAUCAACCCACAAAGAAAUUGGAGAUUUGUGCAAUAACCAAAAUAUUACCAUCACAACAUUGGCGUGAUACUUUUUUUUUUAUAAAUUUUUAACUUAUUUUUAUCCAUCCCCGUUUACAAAAUAAAUUUUAUUGGUAUAAGUGUUAAUUGAAACCGAAAUAUGAAGAAACAUGCAGGCCUUUCACUUGCUUCAUAAAAUAUUGAACUAAUGAAAACUGUGUAUAGUAUAAUUUAAUGAAUUAAAGAGUCUGAGUGAUUA